AUGUUAUUCAAAAUUGUAUUUAUUUUUGGUUGUUUUGUCUUAACGACAAAUGCGAGAUGCAAUUUAACAGCAGAACCAUUGGAAUUAAUUGAAUGUCUGUCUUUUACGAGUACAAUUGUUCUUGGACUUGUUAAAAAUGACAUUCAAAGAGUAUGUAAAUCAGCAUCGUUAAUUGCGACUUGUGCAUCAGGCCAUCUGUCAGAUUGUAUUGGACAACAGAUUGGUCAAGCAGCUUUUAAGGAAAUUAUCAAUUUAUCAAUAAAUUGUUGUCCCGAUCGAAAUAGUCCAAGUUGUUCAAUACGAGAUUCAGUAAUGCAGGAACAACGUUGUUUUUCUGCUGAUUCUCUUGUCACUUUAUCUGAUGGUAAACAAAAAUCAAUUGUUGAUUUACAAUCAGGUGAUUCACUUCUUGCUUAUAAUGAUAAAACAAAAAAAGUUCUCUCUACACAUCUACUUACUAUGCUCGAUUUUCAACCACAUCAAUUCGGUAAAAUAUAUCAAUUUACUUAUAUUAUACUUUUCAUAUCGUUCUUUAUAUUAGCUUUCUUCAAAC